AUAGGUAUACCUACUUUUUGGUUUUUGUUUAAAACAACUCCCGCUCCAAGGAAUUUAAUUUAAACCUUGGAUCGAGUUGCACAGACAUACAAACCACAUCAAACAGAAUAUCCACAUUCAAAAUAAAUGUAAUUCAAAUGUAGUUAAACCGGUAAGUUUACGCAGGUCCCAAAAAUUUCGAAACAUCACAAAUAUUGCCAAAAUGUUACCGGUUCCAACAGAUUAUAAUCUUUUCCUUUAACGGGACUGCACAUUAAAUUGUGUCUAGACAAAAAUCUAGGUAGUUGUCUGGACAAUCGUUUAGGUUUAGCUCAAGUAAUGUAAACGUUGAAUAAGUAAUAUAAAAUGUCUUAAAAAUGUUUAACAAAGUUUUAAGUAAUGAAUUAUUGCGUAACAAUAAAUAUUACCACAUAAAUCCUGUCUAUCCGAAUAGCAAUUUGCAUAAUUCUUCAAAAUUUACUAGUCUUAAAUCGGACACUAUACUUAUAACGGCUUACGGUUACUCAGAAACACCCGCGCGACACGCUUUGACAAGCUAAAUAUCCUAGAUUAACGUAUCUUAUUCUAAGAAAAUACUAUGAAUCAAAACAAGCCAUUCAUAAUAUUGAAUUUAUUCAAAAUCAUGUUUUUUUUAAACGGUCGUCACAUUCAAUUUUGGUAACAUAUUCAUAGAUUGACAGACGCCACGAUGCGAUGCAUAAAAUAAUCUAAUAAAAUGACAAAAAUUUAAAGUAAAAUGUUAGAGGAGAUCGUUAACUCGAUUCUCCCAAAUUCAAAGACAUUAAGGUGCAAAAAGAAACCUUAUGCCAACCGCGCAAACAACAGGAAGAGACGAAUUAGAAACACAGAAGAAAAAACAAAUGAAGUUCUUGGAGAACUUGGUCAACCUGUGGACAAUGCUGAAACACACGCGCUUAAAACGCCAAGGUUUAAAGUGCCAAUGUUAAUUUCAUUCCUCAUUUUCUAUAUAUGUGUUAUAAAUGUGAUAAUAUCGUGUGAUGUUAGUGUAAGUGAUGUUAAUAGUAAAAAACAUAAAGAAGGUAUGUAUGAUCGUGAAAUGAUAAGAGAAAAACCAAAACACAGGUAUGGACAUAAGCAUGAAGGCUACAAUGCUUACGGAAAGAAUUUCCGUAAAGGCCGUGCGUCAACCAAACGGCAGAUUAAUGAUGAGACUCCAGAAGCUGAAGAUUUCCUUAAGUAUUAUGAUUAUUAUAAAAAUAGGGAUGAAAUACCUAACGCGACAGAUUUCCCGCAUUUAUUUCCGUUCUCCGAUUUCUUUAACAAUGACUCUCGAGCCGUAGGUCAUCCGCACGACCUCGCCUCACACCCAUUCUUCGUGAAAAAUAUCCAAUUCAAUUUGAGGCCAGAAAGACACCUGUUUAAAGACAAGAUAGUGAAGCUUGGUGUUUUGUUGCCUGCUGAUUCCACUCAAAUAUUCUCCUUGUCAAAAGUGUUGCCAAUUUUGGAAAUGGCAAUACCAGCAGUAACGAGUCCUGACGGUCCAUUGCCCGGUUGGACUAUAUGGGUAGACUACAGAGACACGCAAUGUUCUUCUGUAGAAGGACCAUUAGCUGCCUUCGAAUUCUACGUGCAUGAGUCAGCUGAUGCGUUUAUCGGGCCGGGUUGUGAGUAUGUGAUAGCUCCAGUGGCCAGGUAUGCGGGGCCUUGGGGCAUCCCAGUCCUCACUGCUGGCGCUCAAGCUGAGGCUUUUGGGUACAAGCAGCCUACAUUCAGCACGUUGACGAGAAUGAUGGGAAGCUACACUCAGGCCGGGAUCGCGAUCCGCAAAGUUUUCGAGGAGUUCAAUUGGCAACGCAUAGGGAUGUUGUACCACAACAAUGACCCUACCUCUGGCAAAGGGAACAGUCCUUGUUUUCUAACUCUGAGUGCUGUCUUGACGGUUCUAAGCAAGAAAAAUGCGGACGCCGACAUCACCCACAGAACUCACAACUUCGACGAAACCAAUACAACCACAACACGACUCAAAGAAUUGAUACAAAAGUUGUCUUUGACAACCAGAAUUGUAGUGGUGUGCGCCAACCCGGCUACAGUCCGGGAGAUCAUGUUAGCAGCUGACGACCUCAACAUGGUGUCAUCCGGGGAAUACGUGUUCUUCAAUAUCGAACUGUUCUCUAACCUCGCAUCGGCCUCAUCGAAGGAACCCUGGAAGGUGGAAGGAGAUACUGAUGAGAGAAAUGAGCGCGCUCGGAGGGCGUACAGCGCAGUGCUGACAGUGACUAGCCCAGCCCCUGAGAAGAAAGAAUAUCUGGAGUUCUCUGAUCAGGUUAAGGACUUGGCUGCUACGAAGUACAACUACACAUUCGGUAAAGGCGAGGUGGUGUCUACGUUCGUAGCAGCAUUCUACGACGCUGUACUCCUCUACGCGCUUGCACUCAACGAUACGCUACGCGAGGCUGAAUACGCAGGAGGACCACUAGAUGGCGCUGCGGUUAUUAGAAAAAUGUGGAAUAGAACUUUCCAAGGUAUAACAGGAGAAGUGAUAAUAGACUCCAACGGCGACCGCGUGGCCUCCUAUUCGCUGCUCGACAUGAAUCCCGUGACCAGCAAGUUUGAGGUGGUUGCGACCUACGUGCCAGCCAAUUCAUCUCUACAGUUUAUUGAAGACCGUCCUAUUCACUGGGCUGGUGGCAGAACCAGUCCACCUCCAGACACUCCUGAAUGCGGUUUCGAUGGCUCGCUGUGUCCUGAUAACUCAUUACCAGUGUACGCUAUUUUGAGUAUUAUCCUGAGCUCCGUAGUGGUGGUAUUGGCGAUUCUCUCCGUAUUUAUAUACAGGCACUACAAGUUGGAAGCAGAAAUAGCUAUGAUGACGUGGCGAGUCAGUUGGAGCGAUGUCUUGCAGCCCGGCGCACGUCUCCGGGGAAGCGUUCACUCUCUUGCUAGAAGAUACAGCACUGGGACCACAUUUUCUGAUGAAGCAACAUCCCUAGCCGGUGACCGACAAGUGUACACUCCUUGUGGCUUCUAUAAAGGUUGUCGAGUAGCCAUUAAAAAGGUCGACAAACAACGCAUAGACCUUACAAGGCCACUUCUACUUGAGCUGAAGAAGAUGAAGGAUUUGGAGCAUGAUCAUUUGGCAAGAUUCUUUGGAGCCUGCGUUGACCCACCACACUGCUGUAUAUUGACUGAAUAUUGUCCUAAAGGCUCGCUUCAAGAUAUUUUGGAAAAUGAGUCCAUUAAACUGGACUGGAUGUUCAAAGUCAGUUUGAUGCACGAUAUUGUCAAGGGCAUGCACUACCUCCAUAGCUCAGACAUUAGAUCUCACGGUGCUCUCAAGUCCAGCAACUGUGUGGUCGAUUCCCGAUUCGUUUUGAAGAUUUCAGAUUUUGGCUUACAUGCAUUAAGGACUGCAGAAAAAGACUCAAGAGCCCACAGCUAUUGGACACGUCUCCUUUGGACAUCGCCGGAGUUGCUGAGAACUUCUGAACCUCCAUUGGAAGGCACUCAGAAAGGAGAUGUGUAUUCCUUUGGCAUCGUGAUGCAUGAAAUUGUCAACAGACAAGGAGCGUUUUGGCUUGGCCCUGGCAUUGAUAUGCCACCAAAAGAAAUAAUUGAAACGGUGAUAGCCAGCGGGCUCCGGCCGAAUACUUCCCACCAUCGUUCAUGUGAAGUAGAUGAGGCUACGGAGCUGAUGCGGCGAUGCUGGGCCGAGGAUCCCGCGGAGAGACCAGACUUCGCCCAUUUGAAGGGAGCCAUCAGGCGCCUCAACAAAACUCAAGAAAGUAGCAAUAUUUUAGAUAAUUUGCUUUCCCGUAUGGAGCAGUAUGCAAAUAAUUUGGAAACCUUAGUUAGUGAAAGAACUCAAGAUUAUUUAGAAGAGAAAAAAAAAUGUGAGGAGCUUUUGUAUCAGCUGCUGCCUAAGUCCGUAGCCUCUCAACUGAUCCACGGCCAGUCGGUGGUUGCCGAGACCUUUGAACAAGUGACAAUCUACUUCUCCGAUAUUGUUGGAUUCACGGCUCUGUCGGCAUCCUCCACGCCCAUGCAGGUGGUCGACUUACUGAACGACUUGUAUACGUGCUUCGAUUCCAUCGUCGAAAACUAUGAUGUUUAUAAGGUGGAAACAAUCGGAGAUGCGUAUAUGGUAGUCUCAGGCCUGCCUGAGCGGAAUGGCACGCGGCAUGCUUGUGAAGUGGCUCGAAUGGCGCUGGCUCUUCGAGAUGCUGUCAGCCGAUUCCGUAUCAGGCAUCGACCGCAAGAUCAGUUGAAACUGCGGAUUGGACUUCAUUCUGGACCGUGUGUCGCUGGAGUAGUGGGACUGAAAAUGCCUCGCUACUGUCUUUUCGGAGACACAGUAAACACAGCGUCGAGAAUGGAGUCGAACGGAGAAGCGCUCAAAAUUCACGUUUCGCCGGAUACGAAGGCAUUGCUUGAUCUCUUUGGAACAUUCCAUUUGGAGUGCAGGGGGGAAGUUGCUAUGAAGGGCAAAGGAAUUCUAGUCACAUAUUGGUUGUUAGGCGAAAAAGUAGAUCCUAAUGCGCCGAAGGAGAAGCCGUCAUUAGUCAAAACUCAGACACAGUCAACUGAAAGUGGGUCUCUAUCACACUUGACACCGUUCAGACAACGGUUAGAUCAAGGUUCGAGAUCUUCGAGCAGAAGGGGAUCAGGAGUGUUCCAGCAAAGGACCGACGUCACGAAAUUAGAGAGAGAUGCUCAGCCUCUACUGCAGAACCUCAGUAUUCAGAGACAGUCCUCAGAUCCUACAGAACCAGUUACGAACGGCGUCACAGAUAAUGCCGAAGACGUUGACAAACAAAGUGUUUCAAACUCUAUAUCACUGAACGUCAAUUCUCUGAACCACAAUACGAUGAACUGUAGCCAGCCGAGAGUCAAAUUGAAAGACUGUCAGAACUCGAUCGGCAACCAUAAAACGAACAAAAUAGGUAAUAACAACUGGAUAUCCAAGUUGCCUACGGCUAGUUCAUUUGACAACGGUACGAAAAAAGGCAGCGAGAGAUUAAAGGAUUACAGUAGUGUGCCAUUACUGGCUAAAGCUGAUAAACCAAACGAUUCAAUUGUUUAGGAUGUAUUGAAUUUUACUUCGUGAGAAAAAGAACGUUUCAUCUGAGUUAUAUCAGUCGGCGAGGCGAAAUUAUAAGAUUGUUGUUUCCUAAAUUUUAAUAGUUUUAAAUAUAAAUGUCUUGUGGAAAAUAUUGGUGUUAAAACUUAGUUUUCUCAAUGUCCAUAAGGAUAUUUAAAUAUGUAAGUCCGCAGUUUUAUAUUUUUAAUCUGAAUCCAGUAGAAAUUACAAGUGGAAAAUGCAUGUUACCUUUUUAUAGAUGUUAAUACGGUGUUGACGAAAUAUUUCAAAAACAUUGAUCAGUGUCAAAGCUACAUGUCAGUUUUUGCUACUGUUACCAAACCCUAAAUGACGUCAAAGUUUAAGAAUAUAAAAAAGUAACUUAAAGAGAUUGCUACAUAUUUUACUUGUAACAGAGAAUAUUUUUAUUACCAUUUGAAUGCAAUUUCAACGAAUCCUAAUAAUUAAGUGAUGUUUGAAUUGUUACAAUUGGAGCUAAGGUAACAAAUUGAGUAAAAUUAUGAAAUAUAAAUGUUUAAUGUCAAUAAUAGGAUACUUGGUGUUUCAAUAAUUAAGGUUUUGCUGUUGUGCGGCUAUAAACUUCGAAUCUUAGUGAUGUGACAUUAGUGACUUGUGGCACAGUUAUCUUAAAGCACUGAAAGUUUUCUGCUAUCUCUACCAGAUAAAGUAAUAAAAACCACCAACAGUAAUACCCACAACUCAAAAAUUUUAAACGGCUCGAACAUUUUUUAUCAAACACGUUUAACAAACCUUCUAUAGAAAACAAACUAAAAUUGAAAUCACUCAAUUCGUUCGAGAACUAUAAUAUAAUGCCACAAAAAGAGAGACACAUCAGACAUAUAACAAACCUCCUUUUGCUUCGGAAUUUAAAAGUAAUAUCACUGCAUUGUGGAAGCGAGAUAGCGUAUAGCAAGUCAUAUAACUCCGUCUCGCUUCAACAACUGAAAUAAUAUUAGUUUACUUUGAGAGGUGAUGUUUGGCUUUCUGAUCAAGCGAUACAUUUUUGUGCAGAAUUCAAAGCUUUAUAAAACUUGAGGGUGUGAACUAAUAAUGUUCGAGUUUGUUUCUCAUUUCUCCAGGGGCCUAACAUCAACGCUUAUAAUAGGACUGUUGUAAUUGAAGUGAGAGGGUGCUCUACAUGACGUAGAACUCUGUCCUUUUCUUAUAGAUUCAACUGUCUAUCUCCAAGCGGUGUUGGUAGGCCUCCAGUAUGAAAUAAUAUCUAUCUAGUAGCUAAUAUCCAAGUCACUUACAUUCCUUAUAAAGAGCUUACCUUCCUGCCAUGCGUGAUACUUUUAGUAAUGAAUCUUGUUAUAAAUGUUCCCCUUUCUUCAACACAAUAGGGAUAUUCAACAUUGAGCUUUAAUCCUUUGAAAAUAGGUCAUAUUUUUUAUUGGGUCACUAUGCUUAGUUUUAUAUAAAUUGUAAUAGAAAUAUAACUAUUCAUAAGCCUCUGUCUAAGUAUUACCUAUAUUUGUUAUUAUUUGCUAUUUGAAACAAUCUUUACAUAAAAUAAAUUAUUUCAGAAGCUUGGUUAAUAUUCCUUUAUUAAAUUAAUUUGAUGGGAAUUUUCUUGUACAAUAUAAUAAUGUUUGUUUACCGUAGGGGCGUUUUUCCACCGCAGCCGAUUCUGGUGCGAGAACAAUUAUUUUUAUUUUGAUUGACAAACACUCAAAUAAUGACUGUUUGUCUUCCGCAAGCCCUUUGAAGCUAUCGUGGCUAUGACCUAAUAGUUAGCGUCGUCUAAUUUUGAUAAUACUACAUAUAAAUUGGCGAUGGCAAUAUCGGCUGCGGUGGACAAACGCUCUGUCUGUCUAUGUAGCUCGCAGCCAUUUAAUAAUAUUUAUUGGUAUUUACAUGGCCUACCAAAAUAUUAAACGGUAAGACAGCUUUCAAUAUUCGAAGUUCAGUUCAUUUUGUUACCUUAAGGUAAAAUUACGUAAAACAAUGCUCUACAAAAUUACCCUUAUAAACAAGGAUACAUAGUAAAAUGUUCACAUGAAAGAAAAUUUUAUAUAUUUUACGGGAUAAAAAAUAGUUGCCCUUAUACGCGUGCUAUCAUUUGACUCUUGUCAAAGCAAAAUAGCUACUAAUUUCAAAUGUCAGUAAUAGACAAUACCGCUUCUGUGGAACUAUGGCAUAUAUCCGUAUAUAAAGAGGUGUCGCUCGACGUUAGGCACUCUGCUAUCCUUCGUAAGUCCCUAGAGUACAAUCGCACGCACUUAUUCUUAUUUUUGUCUUUGUAAACAUUUCAAAUUUUCGCUUUGAAUGCUCAAUAAAUCCCAAAACUCACCUCUUUUUGCUCAAUAUGUACUUCGGCAGUCCAUUUGACACUACUUAAGACGUUCUAUUUAUUACAAGUGAUGAAAGUAGUUUGUAAAUAAAUGUACUUAAUUGUUUAUUUAUUGUAAAUAAUGUCUUACUUAUAACUAUGUUGUGAUCUUAGAAUGGUAUAUUUAUAAUUGUAGAUGGUUUAACGAGAACCCUAAAUGUUUCUUAAACGUUAUAGCGAAUAUAAUGAGUGAGAAUUA